CAGUAAUUAUACCACAGACGUCAUUAUCAGCAAUUCAUAUCUAAUUACAGAUCACUAAGCACUGACUCAGAGACUUAGAGAGACGUGUUCAAAAAGCUUUCAACACAGAAACACUAUGCACAUACUGUAUGAUUAUGAAGACAGAGAUCUAUCAGUACAGUUUCACACAUGUAAAGCAUACAGUGUAACCAUAAAAUGCCUCUGAGAGCAGAUGUCAGUCCUGACAUGGUGCCACUGUUGGGCUCUGUGUGUUUGCUUUGUGUGUACUCUAAUAAAACAGUUAGAUGAAUGGUGGACCUCCAGAUCAGAGUCCAGUGGUUCUAGCAAACACACCUUUAGGGCUGUGAAGGGGGACUAUGCUGCUGUAUGGGAGUCAGUGACCAUAAAAUUAUUGAGCUGACAAAGGUCGGACUCUUCACACAGUGGUGGACUGAGCUGACUCUGUGUUUGUGUGUGUGUGUGUGUGUGUGUGUGUGUGUGUGUUUAUUGUAUUGUUGUGUAAUGAGCUGUUCUCAAAGAAAGUUUGGUUAGGGAAAUCAGCGUCCGCUCUCUGAGAAUACAUGGAACGGCUUCACUUGUUCCUCUCUGCAAAUCAGUCCUUGUCAGUUGGCCUUGUACGCUGAAUUGAAUGCAUCAAAGUUGAAUUUUACGCAAACAGAAAGGAAAGAUGAGUAGAUGACCUGAAAUGAAAUUGGAAUGAAAUUGUGAAUGGGAGAUAAUUAAAAGUGAGAUGACAUGAGAUGAGAUGCAAUAAGGUGAGAUGAGACCAAAUGAGACUGGCAUGCAAAAAAGCAUUAUAAGAUGCAAUAUGAUAUGGUGAGAUGGGGUGCAAUGACACUCUAUGAGAUGCAAUGAUAAGAUAAGAUGCAGUAAAAGAAGUGAGUGAAGUGAGAUUAGAUGCAAUGAGACAAAAUGAGAAAUGUGGUGAGAUUAGGUGAGAUGAGAUAAGAUACAGUGAGAUAAUAGUGAGGUGAGAUAAAGAACGGUAAUGUAAGACUGAGAUGAGAUGCAAGUAAGUGAGAUGAAGUGAGAUAAGACCAGUCAGGUAAAGACAACUGGUGAUGUGUUGAAACGAGCUAAAAUGAGAUUAAUCAAGAUAAGAUAAAAAGACAUGGAUUUGGAUGACAAUUUGAGGUAAGAUAGGGUGAGAGUAAGGGAAAGAUGGGAUGACAGUGAAGUAGAGGUAAUGGGAUAAAAUGAGAUGAGACUGGAUAAGAAUAGGUUAGGAUUAAGAGAAAACUUGAGCUAAUGUUGACCUGAGGUGAGUCAAGGUGAAAUGAGAUGGGAUGAGAUAAUGUGAGAUAUUGUGGAUGGAGGAGUUGACUUAUGCUGCUGUGACAUACAUUUGGAUGCUAUGUGAUGAGGUUGGAUGAGGUGAUAAUAAAUGACAGUCAGUCUAAAUGAAAUGAAAUUAGAUUUGAACUCCAAUUCAUUUCUGCGUGGAGUCUUUAUGUUCUCCCUGUGCCUGUGUGGGUUUCCUGAAGGUACUUCCUCCAACAGACAAGUUAGCUUAAGUAGCGACCCUAUAUUUCCCAUAUGUGUGAGUGUUAAUGGUUAUUUGUCUCUACUUGUUGGCCCUGUGAUAGACUGGUGACCUAUCUGGGGUGUGCCCUGCCUCUUGCCCAGUAUCAGUUAGGAUUGGCUCCAACCCCUGGGACCCUGAGUUCAGUUGAAAUUAGGUCAGUGAGAUGAGUUAAAGGAAAUUAAAUCAUUCAUUCAUUCUGAAGAAAAAUAUUAUUGAAUCAGUUCAUAUUUCACAAGAUGACACUUGUGACUAAGUGUAGCAUGGUGAGAUUAAAUUACUUGAGGAAGACAAGAAUGAGACCAGACAGGACAGAGCAGACUGACACUUAAUUAUUUAAUAAUUAUAUGAAAAGCCAUGCCUUACAUCAUAACAGCACAAAUUUAUUAAAUGAAUCUGGAUCAUUUUUUACCACUGGCAGUAGCCACUAGGUGUACAGUGAUGUGAAUAGUAUCCAUAGAUUUACACUAUGUAUAUAUUGAAUUAUUUUGUAAUAUUAACACUUUUGCGUCAGCCAGUUGAGGUGGUUCUGGCACUUGCUGGAGGGAUUAGGUCUCAUCUGGCCUGGGAACGCUUACCCAAACCUGGAAAAGCAGAAGUAAAUGGAUGAAUGGUACAUUUAGUUACAAAUGUCUCCGUCAACUGAAAUAUAUGUAUAUACCUAUUAGUGUUGGCAAACAAUUCUCUAGCAAGAAUUUUUUUUCAGUACAGCAUUCCCUGACCAAUUAUGGAUUGUUAUUAAACUGUGAAUAGGAAGUGAUCUUCACGUCGCUACUUUUCCCUGGAACCAUCAUGACCUGCAUGUUAUGACAAGCCCUCAUGAAAAACGGUGUUUAUUUAGGAAGUGCAAUGAGGGUUUUGUAUCAGUGGAUCACUUUCAUUGCAUGAGGACUGCUCACACUCUUCAUCUGGUGAAUGUGCUGAUAAGACAACUCUGAGUUCUGAAAAUGGGGGUGCUCAGGUCUUUUUGAGGGAACGUAGGAGCGCAGUGGUGGCUACUGCAACAUAAGAUUCGAAGAAAAAUAUCUGGGAGAUCGGACUGCAUUUACAGCUAAAAAUGUCUGAGGCAACGAAUGAAACGCCUUGCCAACCCACUGACACACCUGAAACUUUGUUCGAGCCAAUUUUCAUGAUUAUAGAGAUGAUUGUGGGCCUGCCAGGAAACAUGCUUGCCUUGUGGAUUUUCUGUUUCCGCAUCAAAUUCUGGAAACCCCACACUCUGCUCCUCUUUAACCUGGUCGUAGCUGACGUCCUUCUUGUCAUCAGCGUGCCUUUCCGUAUUGCCACCAGCCUGCAAGGGGAUUUCUGGGUGUUUGGACAGGCCUGGUGCCGCGUCAACCUCUUCAUGCUGGCUGUCAACCGCUCUGCCAGUAUCGCAUUCAUGACUGCUGUGGCACUGGAUCGUUACUUUAAAGUGGUCCAUCCGCAUCACUGCAUCAGCCAUAUGACUUUAACUCAUGCUGGUUGGCUCGCAGGUCUGACGUGGACUGUUGUGAUCGCCCUUCGGAUUCCGCUGUUGACCACAAACCUCCUAAAGCAGAAUGAGACUGCUAACAUCUCCCAGUGUCGUAGCUUCAACUCCUACAAGGAAAUCCCUUUGGCAAUACAGGUACACUAUGUGGCCUUUGUUGCAGAGACCCUCCUGCCAUGGAUCUUGUUGCUGUUCUGCUCAGCCCGUAUUACCUGCUCUCUGCGUAAACUGCGGAUUGGCAGUCAGAAGAAUAACAUACAGAGGGCCAUCAGAGCAGUAGUGGUGAUCAGUUUUGUGUUCACCAUCUGUUUCAUACCAAGUGUCAUCACAGGCCUGGGGGCGAUGUACAUCAAGAGGGUCCACAGAGGCAGCUGCACAUCCUACAAGCUGAUGAUCAAGUGCUUUAUGAUGUCCCUUGCCCUCACCUAUCUCAACAGCACUUUGAACCCUGUCAUCUACUGUUUCUCCAGCUCCAUGUUUCGUGAUGCUCUCAAGAGCGCCAUCUGCCGUGCAAGCUUUGUGAAGAAUAUCAGACCAGCCAAAAACAAAGACACUAACCUCUAAACAUGUGCAUUUAUAUGCAGAUGUAACAUAACACCAUGUGCCAUAAGAAAAAACUGAACAGCAGGGUUUCUGCAUUUGUUCAAUAUUUAUUCUCAUACUUUAUAAUAUCAAUGUUAACAUAAAUAAAAGCAGUAAAAACUGA